AUGCCUUCUCCUCACUUGGAGUUGGGCAUCCUCCCCAGUGCAAACUCACUCCUGACUCCUGCAUCACCUGAACACAUCCCAGCAAUUGGGAGGAUCCAAGUAAACAAGACCUUCUAUGAGGUGCUUGAUGUAUUAUUCUCGAGCACAGGCUUUCUAGGAAGGGGUAGUGUUUGUUACCUCACACACUACAAUGGGGAAUACUAUGUCAUCAAGGAUUAUUGGGUGGAGGAGUCAGAGCAGAGGACAGCCCUGCAUGAAGUCAACAUGAUGAAGCUGGUCCAGGACAUUGAUGGAGUUCCCAAGUUGCAACACUACUGGGUUGUUGAGCCAUGUGCAAGGCCAAUGGUAAUGUUCAAGACAAAAAAGGAACUUGUUUCAUGCAUCCAAGAUAUUUUACAAAUCCAACAGCAGGCUCUUGAGAGGGGUGUCCUCCAUCGAGAUUGUAGCAUCAACAAUACAAUGAUUGAGGACUUCACAAAAGGGUUGUGUGGCUUUCUCCUUGACUGGGAAUUUGCUGUAUGGGUCACAUUACAGGGGGAAUAUGACUUGGGCAGCACAUAUGCAAAGGGGACAGUCCCCUUCCCUUCAGUGAAUAUCCUUUGCCAACUCAAGGAAGCCAUCACUAAAAGUGGAAAGACCAAUGUCCCAUUGAUCUGGAAAAAUGAUAUCAAAUCCCUGUUCUACAUUUUCAUCUGGAUCCUCAUCCUUUAUGAUGGGCCACUUGGCCACAAGCAUCAAGAUAUCAGCCAUGAAAAGACACUUCUUGGCUUGUGGAGUGAAAAGGUGGCUGAAGAUCUCGAAAUUGCCAGAUGCACCAAGUUCACAUUCCUUAAUGACCUGUCCAAAUCAUGGCUGGAUUCUGAGGUCUUGCAAUAUUUUCAAGAUCUAAUCCCUCUGGCUAAUGAGUGGCACAUAUUGCUUGGGCAGUCCCUGUUGAGUGGAACUGCAGUGCACAUGCCAUACAAGAAACCACUGGAGAUGAUGAAUGCAUUCCAGCAGAUCAUUGCCCAGCACAAAGUGCUUAAUUCAAGCAUGCAUCCAAGUCAGGAGAAUGAUAUGGAUGUUAUGUCUUCAGCAAUUAUGUCUUCUAAACACCUUUGUGAAGAGUGUUUCAAUUUGUUUGCAGUGGAUCUCCCCAACAAUUCCAUUGUAAAUCCUCUUGCACCUCCACCCACUUGGUGGAAAAAGGGUGGGGGCCACAGUGCUGGCCAGAAUGCAAAACCAAAUUCCAAUGUCACCCCACCACCCUAUGCCCCUCCCAUUGUGAAUGGUCCUAGCCCAGCUGAUAUGCCACCAAAUCCCAUCCCUCAGUCUUCAACAGCAGUAGCAACACCUGUCUUCCAUCAGCACCCCACAGACUCCCAUUGCUUUGGUUUCAGUGUUCCAGCUCAACAGCCAGGUCAUAUCAUGCCUCCCAGGAUGGAACCUGACCUUCAAGUGCUCAAUAAUCCUUAUAUCACCACAAUUCAGGGAGACCAACUUCCCAGUAAUAAAUCUCAUCUGCCAACAUCCCAGCCCAACUACCAGUCUUGGUUUAUCCCCCACCAGCUGCCUGCUACUGUCCCUGACUCUUGUAUCGACCCCUCCCUUGAUAGCUUGCUCUCAUUGAGACAAACUUUGGCAACCACUGAUGUUCACCACAAGAGUUUGGAGAAGCUGCCAUCAGAGGGCUCCUCAGAAGAGGAGUCAGAGUCCUCAAGUAAUAACCCAUUGGAUGCAGAGGCUGGUGAGGUCUCCAGUGAUGAGUCCAACAAAGAUGAGGACAAUGCAUUUGGAUGGGGUGCAAUGAAUCUUAGGCAAUCAACUCAUCCUGGUAUGUGUCAGAGGUUCUUAUGGUACUGGCUCAACAUUCUUUGUUAG